GAGCCGCGGCCGGCGGACGGUGAGAGCUCGGCCCCGGGGCCUGUCGCUGCGGCCUGAGCUCAGCCUCCUCCCCACAGUCCCCCACAUCCCCUCAGGGUAAGGAAGGGGCCAACGGAGAAAACAAGGAUCCUGGUGGUAUGGCUGGGUAUGGCCGAAGGCAACUGAACUGAGAGAACAGGGAGCGGAUACUGAUUAGGAAUGAUCAGCCAUGAUUAUAUUGAAUGGCGGUGCAGGCUCGAAGGGCUGAAUGGCCUACUCCUGCACCUAUUGUCUAUUGAAUCUAUUGUCUAUUGAAAAAAAUUCUAUAAAAUUACCUUUGCCCAGUUCUGGAGGAACGGAAAAGCUUAGGAGUAAUUGUAUGCUGCUGGCAGGUGGUGGACUUGAGCUCUCCCGUGGCUUAUCAAAUGUGCUAGUAACUUUGGUUUGGCAAAUAAAUAUAAAAAUAAGCCUAAAUAAAAACAGAAAGAACUGCGGAUGUUGUAAGAAUAAGCCUUUUCUGUGAUAGCAAGUUGAAGCCACGUUCUCCAGACAAGGCCUGAAUGUUUUCGUUAGUUAACACUUGGAUCAGGCUUCUUUUCAUGUAGAGCAUGAGAUCCUUUACAUCUGUUUGAGAGAGGCCUUGGUUUAAUAUUUAAUCUGAAAGAUACCAUCUCAAGUUAGACUGAAUUCCUUGAACACCAGCUUAAAUUAUUCGGGUUUGAAAUCACACCGAGUGGAAUCUAUAGGUAUCUAUCCCUCUCUUCUCUGACUAUAAAAGUGGAAAGGCUCAACAUGGCUCCUCGGGAUAUAAUGACCAACUCACACGCCAAGUCCAUUCUGAACACUAUGAACUCUCUGAGGAAGAGUAACACCCUGUGCGAUGUCACAUUGCGAGUUGAUAGCAAGGACUUUCCUGCUCAUCGUAUUGUGUUGGCUGCUUGCAGUGACUACUUUUGUGCCAUGUUCACCAGUGAGCUUUCAGAGAAAGGUAAACCUGACGUAGAUAUCCAGGGUCUGACGGCUUCCACUAUGGAGAUCCUGUUGGAUUUUGUAUAUACUGAAACGGUCCAUGUCACAGUGGAAAAUGUUCAGGAAUUGCUUCCCGCAGCCUGUCUCCUCCAACUGAAAGGUGUGAAGCAGGCUUGCUGUGAAUUUUUGGAGAGCCAGUUAGACCCAUCCAACUGUCUGGGAAUCCAGGAAUUUGCAGAGACUCACAGCUGUGUGGAUCUGAUGCAAGCUGCAGAGGUUUUCAGCCAGAAGAACUUUCCAGAAGUUGUCCAACAUGAGGAAUUCAUGCUGCUGAACAAGGGGGAAGUGGAAAAACUCAUUCGGUGUGAUGAGAUUCAGGUGGAUUCAGAGGAACCAGUGUUUGAAGCAGUAUUAAACUGGGUAAAACAUUCCAAGAAAGAACGAGAGGAAUUCCUACCAGAUCUGCUGCAAUAUGUACGAAUGCCAUUGCUUACUCCGAGAUACAUUACAGAUGUGAUCGAUGCUGAGCCCCUGAUUCGGUAUAGCCUUCAGUGCCGAGAUCUGGUGGAUGAAGCCAAGAAAUUUCACCUGAGACCUGAAAUCCGUACACAGAUGCAGAGUCCCAGGACUAGACCAAGGUUGGGAGCCAAUGAGGUCUUGUUAGUGAUUGGAGGGUUUGGAAGUCAACAGUCUCCAAUUGACAUUGUGGAGAAGUAUAAUCCCAAGUCUCAGGAGUGGAGCUUCCUGCCUAGCAUCACUCGGAAACGUAGGUACGUGGCCACAGUGUCAUUGAAUGAUCGUAUUUACGUGAUUGGAGGCUAUGACGGUCGUUCAAGACUUAGCUCGGUAGAAUGCCUGGACUACACCUCUGAUGAAGAUGGUGUCUGGUACUCGGUGGCCCCAAUGAAUGUGCGCCGAGGCCUGGCUGGAGCGACAACACUUGGAGAUAUGAUCUAUGUGGCUGGUGGAUUUGAUGGCAGCAGACGUCACACAAGUAUGGAGCGGUAUGACCCCAACAUUGACCAGUGGAGUAUGCUGGGUGACAUGCAGACUGCGCGAGAGGGCGCUGGUCUUGUUGUGGCCAAUGGAGUCAUUUACUGUCUUGGUGGCUACGAUGGGAUAAAUAUCUUGAGCUCUGUGGAGAGGUACGACCCACAUACAGGGCACUGGACACAUGUCACACCGAUGGCUACCAAGCGAUCAGGAGCUGGGGUGGUGUUGCUGAACGACCAUAUUUAUGUGGUUGGAGGCUUUGAUGGAACCGCCCACCUUGCCUCGGUAGAAGCUUAUAACAUCCGCACAGACUCUUGGGUAACAAUAACGAACAUGACAACACCUCGAUGUUAUGUGGGAGCAGCUGUACUACGUGGGAGGUUAUAUGCCAUUGCUGGAUACGAUGGGAAUUCAUUGCUGAGCAGCAUUGAGUAUUAUGACCCCAUCAUUGACAGCUGGGACGUGGUAACUUCUAUGGGAACCCAACGCUGUGAUGCUGGAGUGUGUGUGCUCCGUGAGAAAUGAGGAACAGACUGAUAGCGAGAGGUGCAGACUGGAAUAGAGCCUAAAACGAAACUGGAGAGUUUCAGCAUUACUUCAUCUAUGCCUUCAGCUGUGGUGUGUCUCGUUUUUACUACUUAAGAGUGCAAUAUAUGGAACUAAUUGUAAAACUUUUAGAAACGAGCAACAAUUUGCACAAAAACAGUUGAAGCUGUGCAGCUAAGAAACUGGAUUAAAUGAAGUAGACAUUUCAGAAACUUAAAAACCACAGAUUGAUGUAAGAAUUUGUUUUGGUUUGUAUUUCAUGUUAAUGUCCACAGAAGUUGUGGUGAGCAGUGUGGACAGGAAUAAGCUGUUUAUAGAGGUAUGACCAUACCUCACCCUGUUAUUAGCCAAGCUGAACUUUGAAGGAUUUUAACAUUAAGCAUUUUGAUACAAGCACAUCUCAUGUCUUGGUAACAGACCAGUGAAUACCAGAACUCUUAACGUACUGCAGUCAAUUCACCUCAACUUUCAAUAGUGGUGGAAAAAUAACAGCUGAAAAUGCAACUGAACACAAAAAUGCCAGUGAAGACUGCCAGAGCCAGAUUUAAAUGUAGCAUCAGCACUGACUUGGAAGUAUUGUUUUUAACUGUGGUACUGACUAUGGUGAGAACUGUCCUGAAAGGGUCUUUCCAGCACUGUUUCAUUGUAAGUGACUUUGUUAUGAACUCAUAGUGAACUAAUAGACACUCUCCUAUGAGUCACUAAUUCAAUAAAAACCCUUACAGUAGCUUAUAAUCAGAGAAGGACUAGUUCAUAUUGGAAGACUUGAAUAUUAAAACUAACAUUGUUUUCUUCAUUUUUUUCCCCUUGACAUGCUCCAAGUGUCACUGUGACAGCACCUUUCAAACUAUGAAGCCACUUACUUACUGUCCCUCUACAUUUCAUCUCUGUGAACAGCUUGAUCCUACACACAGCUCAGAGAGUGAUGCAAUUCAAAUAUACACAGCAUUUCUCAACUCUCUAAUAGCUUCAGUCCCCUCUGGAGAGCAUCUGGAGUAGAUGAGGGGAUAGGAAAUAACAAUUUUUCCAACUAUACUCAGCUGAAUGCAAGGUACAAAUUUAAUGGAAAGAACUCUGUAUUGAACACAACGUACAACAAGGUUGACUGGCCCAAGUGGUCCAUGAUUGGUAUUGGUGCUACACUGAAGCUGCUUUUAUCUGAAUGUAGCAGCCUUGCUUUCUAUUCAUUUCUUAAUGUGUGCUUAUCUAGCUUCCCCUUUGCUGUUUAGUAAGUUUCACUUUCUAACCACAACUUUAAACUAGAAUUUUAUACAUUAAUGGUGAAAAUGAUUAGAAUUUGAAAAAAAACUUCUGGUAUUUAAAUAAUUGACACCAUGACAAGUAACAAUCCAAUAUUUUAUUACUGACAUCAGAGUUUCCAUCUGCACAAUCUUUAACAUAGCAUUUUAAUCUUUCACAUUCUUGAUUAUCAUUCCAGCCAAUCAAGUUCCAGCAUGAUUACAGUCUUUAAUGUGCAGGAGGUCCAUUAAUACUGCAUAGUUUCAACUGAGAACAAGACAAAACCCCUCAUUUUUAUACUGAAUUAAAAAAAAACACUGGCUGGGAAGUGGGACAAGAACAUUGUCAAAGCUCAGUGUUUGGAAAGCUGAGCUAGCACCAGGCCACCUACGCUGAACCAUCUCUUAAUCAGGCAGCCUCUGUGUGAGUCCAAGGCACUUUCUUGAUGUGUACUGGAACUUGGAUUGAUAGCUGUAAUAUUAAUGUUAAAUUCUCCACAGGUGACCACUGUCACUACCAUCACCUUUCCAAGAUGGUGGCACUGUUUUGACUAACGUGGCAAGCGAGGUGGGUUUCUUUGAAUAAGCUUUAUAAAAACUAAAGCUUGGUAUUUUAAUUCCAUCAUUGCUCACAGUUGGUGGCCAGCCAUGAACUUUUCACCACAAUAUUCAAAACAAGAAAAAGGUCUGAUUUUGACACUGCUGUUGGAAAAUCUGACAACUGAUUUGGUUUCAACUUAUCAAACAUCUGCUGAGUGGAGGAACCAGAAGUCUGAUGACUAAUUCUUACCACAAAGAGAAUCUGCCAUACUUACAAUCCACUAACCUGGUUUGCAAAAAAAAAACACAAUUUCAUCAGUUACUUUGGGGAAUUUGAGAGCAAACUAAACCCAUUCUUUAUCAUUGACCAGUUAACUUUCUGAACACUAAAUAUACAGAUGCAUUCUUUCAGUGGUUCCAUAUGAAUAAAAGCUAAAAAUUAGUUAUUCCACUUAUUAUUGCUCUCAUUCCACAAACCACUUAUUACUUACUUUUAGUGGCUGCAGCUUUUGGCUUUCUAUGACUUUCACUCCUGAGCUAACUCCAUUUCCUUUUAUAGUUUUCUUGUACCGACAGCAAGGAAAGACAGCAUCAUCUCAAAUAUAUCUCAACAAUCUCUGUGGUCAACCUGGCCCCACACCCAAGCAAAGGUCUUGGAGGAGGUGGUUACAUUGCUUGGUUACCAUCUUACUCUUGGGGGAUACUGAAACUACAGGAAAUGGAGAGUGGCAGUUGGAAUGUAGAAUGUUCUUCAGCUUGAUGUCAAAUUGUAUUUGGAAUGUAUUUUAAUGUAUAUUUUCAUCAUCAUCCAUUGCGCUCACCCAUUAUAUCAUUGCGCACAGGCAUUUUCCUAAAAAGAAAAUAUCAAAAAUAAACUAAUCAUGAAUAUAACAC